GCCUUGAUUGGCUGGGCGUGUCCCAACGAGCCAAGGGAAUUCCACCUCCCCUCUUUUCCAUUCACAAAGUCAAUGAAACAAAGAGCAACAGAAAAGACUCUCUGUGUGUUUUUUUUUCUGCGAAGAGAGGAAACGACGCCGCGUUGGAGGCGGGAGCGGUUCUCUUCCCCCCGGCGCUGUCCCACGAGAAGCGGCGCAUCCCUGUGGUUUGGGGAUCAGCUGCCUCGGGGUGGGGGCCGGCUGGGAAGAACCGAAGUGACCCCCUCUCCUCUUGCCAGUCUCAGGGUCUGCUGUCUGCUCCUCUCCUUAUGCUGGCGCAGAACUCGCACCCAUGACAGAUGGGAGGAUGAAAAGCUACCUGGACCAGCAAGUGCCUUACACAUCUGCACAGAAACUGCUAGGAAAUGGAGCCCCGGCUGGCCGGCUGGUGAUGGCAACACGGAGGAAAGCCAUGGACACAGGCAUGCCCCAAGUCCCUGAUCCAGAAGAUCUUUUCCAGGACCUAAACCAGUUUCAAGAAGUCUGGCUAACGGAAGCUCAGGUUCCAGACAGCGAUGAACAAUUUGUGCCCGACUGUCACUCAGAAAACUUAGCUCUUCACAGCCCACCAGCAAAAAUCAAAAAGGAACCACAGAGUCCAUGUUCAGAAGCACCUGGCUCAUGUAGACACAGACAGCUGUUUCAGUAUCGUAAUGGAGAGCAGUGCCUUUAUGCCAGGCAAGACUCGGAUUUCAUGAGCUCCCAAGGCCCAGCCCAAGCCAUACCUGGCCGGACAUACCUUAUGGAACACAGAUCCUUGUACCAGCUGCCUACUGAAACAGGACAAUCCUUCUCCACCUCACAAGGUUUGAGAGCAGAAGCCCCAGCUGCAUGCCAGCGCCCAUUGUCUGCCCCGUGCCUGCCAUACCCCCCGCAGGGCUUCAAGCAAGAGUUCCAUGACCCUAUGUAUGAGCAGGCAAACACGGCUUCUGGCAGCGCCCGGUACACAGCGGGAAUGGUGAUCAAGCAAGAGCAGAUGGACUAUGGUUUUGAUGCAGAUGUUCCCAGCUGCCAUUCAAUGUAUGCGAGCAUAGAGGGAUUCCCAGGUCGGACCAACCCCGAUGGAUACGGUUAUGAGAAGCAGAUGCGGCCGUUUGUGGACGAUGUUUGUGUUGUCCCAGAGAAGCUUGAAGGAGACAUCAAACAAGAAGUGGGCAGCUACCGCGAGGGCCCUCCUUAUCAACGGCGGGGGUCUCUGCAACUCUGGCAGUUCCUGGUGGCUUUGCUGGAUGACCCCAGCAACUCUCACUUCAUCGCUUGGACGGGCCGAGGGAUGGAGUUCAAACUCAUUGAACCAGAAGAGGUGGCCCGGCUUUGGGGUAUCCAGAAGAACCGCCCAGCCAUGAACUACGACAAGCUGAGUCGGUCUCUUCGUUACUAUUAUGAGAAGGGAAUUAUGCAAAAGGUGGCUGGCGAGCGUUAUGUGUACAAGUUUGUUUGCGAGCCCGAAGCACUCUUCUCGCUGGCCUUUCCUGACAAUCAGCGCCCAUCCCUGAAGGCGGAGUUUGAGUGGCACAUCAGCGAAGAAGACACAGUGCCUCUGUCCCACCUGGACGAGGGUGUGGCUUACCUGCAAGAUCUUGGGGGGCAGUCUUACAGCAAAGGCUACACAUACUGAUGGGACAGAGGGUUCUGACGUGGGUCGAGUUUGUGUGUACAUAUAGAAAAAUAUCUUUUGCCAUUAUUCGCCAGUAUAGAUAUUGCCUUCCCUCUCGUAGGGUUGGAGCAAAAUGUACAGUGGUAUGCCUUGGGGAGAUGGGACUGAGGGCAGAGUUUGGGCGUGGGUUCAGAUCCCACCCUUAGCUGUAGACCCAGUGGGACGACGUUGGAGCGAGUUGCUUCUCUCUUUUUUCAGCAUCCAUUCCUAAGGAGUACCUACCUCACAGGGAUGUUGUGAGGAAAGAUAAGAUAAAGAUUGUAAAGCACUUUGUA